AUUUUUAACUUUCAAGAUAUUAAUAGCUGUGUAACUGGUAAGAGCCUGAAACACUCUGAGGUUACAAGUGCAACAAAAACUGCAGCGCUUCUUGCCUGAAGAUGGCAGAAGUGUAUGAUGCUCUGGAGGAAGACUGGGAUGAUGAAGAUGAGGCCACACAGUACAUGAUUGAGCAGAGUCUGCUGGAAUACAGCAAGUGUAGCAGUGAAACUCCCAGUGAUCCUGCGCUGGAAAAUAUUGACCAUGAGGAGAUUUUUACGGCUAUACAGGCAGGAAAUGAAGAUGCCUUGCGAUUGCUGGUGCAGCACAAGCAAGCAAUGUCCAUGGCUGACAGCAGGGGCUGGAUCCCACUGCACGAGGCAGCGGUUCAGCCGAAGAAGAGCAUUCUGGAGAUCACUUUCUCAGCAUCUCCCCAGGGCUCAGGUCAGUGCCGCACUCUGAGAGGGGAGACUCCUCUCUUCCUCGCCGUUGUCCACGGUCUUAGAGAGAAUGCAACAUUCCUGCUUCAGAACGGCUGCAGCCCCGACUGUCCAAAUGAAGACGAGGACUCUCCAUUAGUUGCAGCCAUAAAGAAUGACCAGUAUGACUUGGCUUCUCUGCUGCUACGCUAUAAUGCCACUGUGGACCACAAAGGCAGCCUUCAGAGAACUGCUCUGCAUGAAGCGUCUCUGCUGGGCCUGGAGGAGUACGUGUACCUGCUCCUCCAGUCUGGUGCCAACCCAAAUGCCUGCGAUGCCAGUCAACAUACCCCUUUAGGAUUGGCCGCCCAGGCAGGGCAUUUGAAUGUUGUGGAAAUUCUACUACAGAAAGGUGCCUGCGUAUGGUCAAACCCUCAGUGUCCAGAUUCUCCAUCUGUGCUGUUUGAGGCAGCAGCAUCUGGAAACCCCGAUGUCAUCUCUGUGUUGUUGGAGUACGGCGCUGACCCCAACACUCCCACACACACCGGCCAUCUACCCAUCCACCGCGCUGCGUAUCGUGGCCAUCUGCUAGCACUAGAGCAGCUGAUUCCGGUAACUAAGAAAGAGGUCAUUAAGGAGAGCGGGAUGAGUCCACUGCACUCUGCGGCAGCAGGAGGUCACUUUCAGUGUCUGGAGCUGCUCCUGAGUGCAGGCUUUGACCCCAACUUCAUGCUACACCCACGUGUGCGCCGGAACUACGAUGACGAGCGCAGGUCAGCGCUGUACUUCGCCGUGUCCAACAACGAUGUGCAGUCUGCACGCCUCCUGCUGGAGGCUGGUGCCAUGGCCAACCAGGACCCCGUCAGCUGCCUGCAGGUGGCUUUACGUCUGGGCAACUAUGAGCUCAUCAACACGCUGCUGCGCUAUGGCGCCAAUGUCAACUACUAUGCACGUGUGAACACAACGCACUUCCCCUCGGCCCUGCAGCACGCGCUCAAGGACGAGGUGAUGCUGCGCAUGCUCCUCAACCACGGCUAUGAUGUGCAGCGCUGCUUCGACUGCCCCUAUGGACAGGGAUCGCACAUACCAUUGGACUAUGAAGGCUGGAGUACUUCAGUCAUUAAAGACAUGGUGUUCUGUGAGGUGAUCACAGUGUCCUGGCUCAAGCACAUCGCAGGCCAUGUGGUGAGAAUAAUGCUGGAUUAUGUCGACCGUGUCACCUUCUGCUCCAAACUGAAGAGCAUCCUAGUAGAACAGAAACAGUGGCCAGAGAUAUGCAGGAUUCAAGGAAACCCCCGAUGCCUGAAGCAUUUGUGCCGGCUUAAGAUCCGGGAGUGCCUUGGUCGCUUGCGUCUCAGGGCACCAGUUUUUAUCAGUUUCUUGCCUCUACCAAACAGUCUGAAGGACUACAUUCGCUUCAAGGAGUACGACAUUUACAGCAGAGGAAGCACGGGGGAGCUUGAAUAAAAUUGAAAACACG